AUGUCUGGGGGAAUGGAACUCAGUGAGAGUCUUCAAACAACGGGGGUUGGCAUUACUGAUGAAAAGGAAAAAGAUUUUCCUCAGCCAAAACGAAAAGUACUAAACGAAAAGAAAGGCACAAAGAAAACAAAUAUUUCUAAGAAAACAUAUCCCGUAGAUGAAGAAGAUGAAAAGUCAGAAAGAGAAAAGCAGAGAAAUCAAGAAAAAAUAACAGAACAAGUUAAAAGAGAGAGUGAGAAAUGUUAUAAACAUGAAAGUAUAGAGAGUAAUGAAAUUAAUUUGACUGAGGUUAAUCUUAAUGAACAAGUUGAAGAAGAUUUUGGAGAAGAAAGUGAAGAUAAACCAAAAAGAAAGCAGUUAAAUGAAAGAAAAGUAUUAAAAAGUACAAAAAACAAAAAAGUGAAGAAAGAAAAAGAGAAAACAAAAACUACAAAACAAGUUAUUGAAGAAGGUAUUACAGUUAAAUGUUUUACAAAACAAGAAGAUGAAGGAAUUACAAAAGAACAAAGAAAGCAAGAAAAAGAAAUUGAAGAUAAAAAAGAAGAGAAUGAAUUAACAAGAACUCAACAAAGAGAUGAUAUUAUUGAUAAAACUGAAGAUAAAAUUGAAGAUAUAAAAGAAGAAGAAAUAAAAAGAAAAACAUUAAAUGGAAGAAAAGGAAUAAAAAGAAAGAAAAAACAAAUAGAAGAAAUUAUAAAGAAAGAAGAAGAAACAGGAGAAAAUAUGAAUAGAUUAGAUAUAGGAACAAAAGAAACUAAAGUUGAAGAAAGAAGUCUUGAGAAGAAAGAAGAAAUUAAAACAGACAGUACUCUAGAAUAUAAAAAAGAAGAAAUUACAGGAAGAAAAGUACUUAAAAAAAAGAAGAGUCACAAAAAAACAAAGGAUAUAGAAGAAGAAGAAGAAAUAAAUAAGACAGAAGGAGAAGAAAAGAAAAAAAGAAAGAAAAAAGUAAAGAAAGAAAAAGAAUUAGAAAAAUUUGAAAAAACAGGGAAGAAUAAAUAUAUUGAAUAUUCAUCAGGAGAAGAUUGUAAUAGAGAAGGACUUAGAAGAGCUAAAAAGAAACCAGUUGGAAUAAAUUAUUUUUCAGAAAAGAAAGGAAUCUUAACAGAUGAAGACUUAAUGGAAGAUGAACAUUAUUGUGGGAUGUCAUUUAGAGGAGAUGAAAAGAAAUCAAUAUUUGGAAUUUUUGAUGGAUAUGGAGGAAUAGGAGCAGCAAGAGAAACAAGAAGAACAUUACCAAAUAUUAUUCAAAAAUUAAUAGAAAAAGGAUUAGAUAGUAAAGAAAUAAUAGAAAAAGGAUUUGAAGAAGUUGAUGAAGGAAUGAAUAAAGAAGAAUUUAUGGAUAUUGGAUGUACAUGUACAUUAAUAUAUAUAUGGGAAGAAAAUAAUAAAAUUUAUAUUAGAAGUGGAAAUGUUGGAGAUUCAACAUGUUUUGUUAAAAAAUUUAAAGGAGAAAAAACAGAAAUUAUUACAUUAACACAAGAUCAUAAAGUAACAUCAGCAUGUGAACAAAAAAGAAUGAAAGAAGCAGGAAUUAUAUUAGUUGAAGGACAAAAAAGAAUUAAUGGAGUUGGAGUAGCACGUACAUUAGGGAAUCAUUUUGUAAAAAAUUUAAAUAUUGGAAUGAUAGGUACACCAUAUAUUAGUCCAAUUAUUGAAUUAGAAAGUGGAGAUGAAAUUAUUUUAUGUAGUGAUGGUAUCUGGGAUGUAACUACACCAGAAAAAGCAUUUGAAAUUAUGGAAAAUACAGAAAUUUCAGAAGUACCAAAAGUUAUUAUGGAAGAAUCAAUGAAAAUAACAGAAUGUAGAGAUAAUGUAACUGUCAUUGUCGUUAAGAUCAUUUAA